AUGUAUAAAAAAGGGAAUAUUGGGAGCAAAGAAAUAUUGCUUGGCUCAGACGAAAAGGAGGAUGACAGCAGCGACGACUCCGAAAUGAGCUUCUGCAUUACAGAUAAUAGCAACCAUGGGACAUGGCCCACCGGACCAGCUGGCGCGCGCGAUGGGUCUUCGGGGGCACUCGAGGAGAGAAUGAUUAACGGGCCAAAAGAUAGUGGAGGAAACAAUCUCUCCAAGGUUAACUUCCACUCCGAAAGUAACCGGUUUGACGAGGGUUUUAACCCACCAGAGAAGGAUCCACAUGGAGAAGAAAUGCGCCCCAAUUCCCAAAGUUCCCAGACAGACAAUGCUCAGUUCCGUGACCCAUCUGAUCAUGAAGGAAAGCACGGACCUUGGUUUGAAGGCCCAGAUCCUUUCGGCGAUAUCAUAGAGGAUGGUAUCCUUUAUGACGGUCCGUAUGAGUCCUCCUCUGAUGGUGUAUCAUGGAGUGAACACGAGUCUGGAAGCGAAAUCGAUUCGUUUCUUGGUGGAAGUCGCAGGAAAAAGGUCAAGAAGCCAAUGGCCGAGAGGCUGCCACCUAGGCCCGAGACCCAUUAUCGCUCUCUACUUGUCAAUGGUAGGAGGCCUGUUCGAAGAAGAAACUCGUCUUCUAGUGAAGACAACAUGCCGCAAAGAAUUCCGGAAAAGAAAGAGGCACCAAAGAAGAAAAAAAAGUUUUGGCAAAAGUGGAGGGUUGGCGCAGUUCUCGCAUAUGCAGCCAAAACAAAUACUGUUAAGGGAACUGAGGACUCUAGGUGUCGCAAACAACUUCCCCUUGCCCCCAAGAAAAAGGGGAGGACGGUGUUCAAGACCUUCAUGUAUAUAGGAAAUGGCAUAUACUGUUCUGACGAUAGGCGCUUCAAUGGCGGUGUUAGUCAGAAUAUUCCCGAUUCAGAGUUUCGCAUUCACCCAGACCUGACAACCACAAACGAACAACAACAACCACCACCACAAUCACUCUUCCUCUAUCACCAUCUGAAAGUCGUCAUGGAUCCGGUUCCACCUCAAGAAGAAAUGGGCUCGGCCAAUGAUUUCGGUGAAGAUAAACAAAGUUACUCUCCUCCAGGUCCCUACAACCCUCCACAGGUAGCUCCUGCGCCGGCCUACGCCUCAUCCAGCUGCAUACCGAGACAUAUCUCCCUUAAUGUCAAUUACCCAACAGCAGACCAUGAUCUGGCGGAUGGCCGAUUUUUCGAUGCUUCUAAGGUAUCUUUGCCUGAAACCACCGUCACCAAAAGAUCAAAGACCGAGAGAUUCAAGUCAAUCUUUUCUCGUGAUUUCCCUAAGACUAAAAAUAGUGCUCCAGCAAAAUCCGUCGUUAGGGUUGUGGUGCCCGCUGUUGUUGAGCUAGGGAGUGAUGUCGUUGGCCGAGACCGCGUGCGGGAUGAUGAUCAACGUGCUGUGGUUGAAGAUCCUGAAGAUUUUGAUAUUCAUGGAAAUCGAGUGGUUCCCGUUGAAACAAACCUCUGGCUUAACCGCCCAAGUAUGAAGACCAAGCGUGCGGUGAUUAUUGAUCUUAAGCACGAGCCAACCCUUUCCGAAAUCUCUAGAGUCUGCAAGAAUACGGGAAAGUUGGAAAAGAUCGAGAUAUGCAAAACCAAAAAUUACGCAAAGGUCUGGUUCCUCGAGGAGGAGGGGGCGGGCCGUCUUAUGGAACUCGCCCAAUCGCACAUCACUUACCCAGUUGCCGAUAGCAAUUACAAACGUGCUAGGUCUACGCUCAUCGAUGUGAAGUACAAUUGGCCAAUUGAAGAACUCGAUUACCGCGUCUCGGAACGUAUUAGGGCGGAUGACAUUACUCGUUGCAUUGUUAUCAGAGGGCUUUUCAGCAAGAACAUACAAAAUCUUCUUAAUCUUACGGAGGACAAGGAGCGUCACAUUAGAGCGGAAACGUGGGAUUUUGCAAAGUAUCUCAUGGGAACCGAUGCUAUUGGAGACGUUGAAAGCGUCCAAAUCGGAUAUGUUAAUGGCCGUUGGGAGAUCACGAUCAUUUACACCGACAUCCUCGUGGCGAUUCACGCCGUCGACUUUAUGAAAUCUGAAGCCGAGUUUGAUAAGUGUACCAUCUGGUACGGAGUUGAUCCAUGCGAACCCCCACGUGUGGCCCAAGCCUUCUAA